CAGCAGGCGAGAUCAAGUUGUAAUGUUCUUUCUGUUACUUGUCAGUGCUUUUAGCAGAAAGAACGCUGAAAUAGUUUCCUGACUACUUGUCAGCAGGUCUCCUUUGGUAAAGCGGCCAUAAUUGCUUUUUUCUUCUCUCUCUCUCUCUACCAGAUUUUCCCCAUGUUCUCAUCUUUCAUUCAAACCUUCGCUGGGUUGGCCUACUAUAUCACCACAGACAUCCAGUCUCUAAAACAUUUUCCUGUUGUCUUUCUUUUCUUUGCUACAGGACUGUUUUGAACUCCUCAUGCAUGGCUGUUUGCUCGUAGUCAGCAAAGACCAGGAAAGGAAAUUAUUUGUGUCUGAUGGAUAUUUUCCUUCAUAAAUUUACGAAUAGUAAUCGAUGCCAUGGAUUUUUUUUUACAGACAGCGAUAGAAGGCAAGCUAAAGUUUCGGUUUUCCCAGUUUCCCUGUUGAGUACUGGACUCACAAGGACGCACAAAGACUGUUCCUGUUGGCCGUGUGACAGUCCAAUUUUGUUUACUAAAGUCAGAAUUGUAAAUCUGGCAUAUUUGUACACAAAUUGUGUGAAACAUAAUGGUGACAGGAGGUGCUAUAUCGCCUUCAAAAAACUUGACAUCUGUCCAGAUGGAAGAGUACUUGACCAGACUAAACAGGGAGAAAAUGGUGGAACUUUCUCCUUGUGUCGUCUUCCUAGCUGUGCUGAUUUUUCUGGGAGUUCCCGGCAACACUUUGAUUUUCUUCAUCUUUUGGAGGUACUUCAAGUCCAGUUCCACAAGAGUGUUUGUCUUGUCUAUGGCUUUAACCGACUUGCUAACCAGUGUUCUGUCUUGUCCAGUUUACAUUCUUGAAAUACACUUUCUUUACACCACUGCGUUCCCUCACGCCUGCAAAAUGAUGUUCACAAUUCAAAGACUGCCAGUAAUGACGUCAGGAUGGAUCCUGGUGGCCGUUGCUCUGGAUCGACGUCGUCGCAUCUGUCAGCCUUUCAAGCGGCAGUUGAACCCUCGCCAAGCUUUCUACCUGGUCAUGACGUCACUAACUCUAGCAUCUGCUGCCACCUUUCCCUUCCUUCCUCUGAGGACUUCAACAAAGGUAAAAACCGCUAGAGAUGAUGUUUUCGGAAAACGAUGUGAUCUGGACGAACUUUCUGAUCCAGCGUACAGAACAGCAGAAACAAUUAUAUUAAUACUGAGUCUCGUUUUCGGAUGUUUGAUUCUGGUUUCAUCUUAUGUGCACAUUGGCUACCAACUUUACAGACAGGGGAGUAGAAAACGCAUCACUCUACACACUGAAAGACAAUUUCAGAUGAGAGAUGUAAAGAACCAGCACUCGGAAAUUUUUUCCACCAAACUCAGCGAAAACAAUGAAGAAUUUGCAGGAAUAUCAGAAAACGAAUCAGAAGUUUCCAUUUCAGGCAAUGAGGACGCCAUUACUUCGAGCAGGCAAGACUUGGUGUCAAGGACCUCAUCGGCUUCAUUCAGAACUCUGAAAAUAGCUGCUACUUCAGAAUCUGUGGAAACAACCGUGAGGUCAUCAAUUAUGGACACAGCUUUAAGUUCUCCAACUGUGGAAACAACUAUCGAGUCUCCCACUUUGGAAAUUACUGCUGACGAUGGUAGCACAACUGUAGUCAGUGUAGGAAAUAGUGGAGUUAAUACCUCGAGGCCGCCAGAAGGUCGUCCAGUGGGCAAGAUGAUUAAGCCGAGAACAACUUUGAUGAUGUUCGUCAUCACCGUCACAGCUAUCGUCGUGUUCUUACCAUACAUCGUUAUAUCAAACCUUAGUGAUGGUGACUGGGAAUAUUGUCUGGAGAUGACGAGAUGGAGGAUGAACAUGUGUAUAACCGCUUUUCUGUUUGUAAACAUCAACAGCAUCGUCAACCCGUUCGUCUACAGUUUCUGCAAUCCGACCUUUCGUCUCAAGUGUUACUUGUUUUUUACUUCUGCUCGAAGACGUUUUGAAUUGUGGUAAAUGCUUCUCAUGGAGGUGAUGACUGAAGGUA